AUGCAUAAUCUCCGACCUGGGUUUUCCCCGGGAGAUUUCAAUGGCCGUUCACCCGCUGCCCGCUACCCCGUUGCCAUGGAAACCUCUCGCCCUCCUGGAGUGAUGCUUGGGUGCCCGAGAUCCGUGCUUUGGGCCCCCCUCUCACCCUCCCCCACCCCCGACAGGUCGUACGUGAUCACGACCCCCCGCCAGUGGAUCACCGGCGAGACCAACCAGGUGUGCGUGAACGUGCAGAACGAGGCCGCUCCGGCAGGAUUCGUCGCGCUGGCCCUGACGACGACGGUGCGGGAGACGCCGAAGGAGGAGAGGAACGAGACCAUCCUGCCGGCGAUCACGUUCCAGGUGCCGGCGGGCCGCGUCGAGACCUGCUUCGAGGUGACCCUUCCCCAAGCAGACCACUUCGACGCCAAGCUGAGCGUCCGUGGGCGUGCGGGCGGGGCGGACUUCGAGGACACGAGGGACAUCAGGCUGCAGAAGAGCAGGAACCUGACCUUCGUGCAGACGGACAAGUACCUCUACCAGCCGGGUCAGGAGGUCAAGUUCCGCGUCCUGACGAUAAGAGGGUGGAGGGCGACGGUGGCGACGGAUCCGUACCCCGAGAUCUGGGUGACGACUCCCUCAGACACGCGCAUCGCCCAGUGGAUCGACGCGGCCAGCACCUCCGGCCUCCUCCACCUGGCGUUCCAGCUGGCGGACGAACCCGAGGAGGGUCUGUACACCAUCCACGUGAGAGGCCCUGGCGACGGGAAGAAAACGAGGUCAUUCAAGGUCGAAGAGUUCGUGCUGCCCCGCUUCGAGGUCAAGGUCACGCCCCCCCAGUUCGCGUUGGCCACCGACAGGGUCUUCACCUUUAACGUCUGCGCGAACUACACCUUCGGCCAGCCUCUGAAGGGAACCGUGACGCUGACGGUGUCCAACAACCAACGCAGGAAGUGUCGCAUCAACAUCAAGAGAACCGAACCAAUCACCGGCUGCAAGGACAUCUCAGUGACUUCGAAGGAACUGAGGAUCACAGACUGCCACGUCUUCCGCCUGAGUGCCACGGCCGUCGUCGAGGAGGAUGGCACCGGCGUCAGGCUCAACCACACGGCCAGUGCCAGUGUCAGCCGCAGCGCCGUCAAUUUCGUCACCGUCUACGAGGAUAACUACAAGAAGCCGAAUCUUCCGUUUACGCUCAAGGUAAAGGCGACUCUCCCCGACGACUCUCCUGCUGUGGGCGUCCCUGUGGAGGUGUGCGCGGCGGGCAUGUGCACCAACAGGACGACGCAAGAGGACGGCGUCUUCACGGUCGUUGUUGCCUCCGACGACGCCAGCAGGGUCUUCAUGUCGACCUUGAACUGCCGCGCCGACCUCAGUGCCUCGACCUUCUCGAAGGACAUCCGCCAGUACUUCUCGCCCUCGAACUCCUCCCUGCUCCUCCAGGUGCCCGAGAAGAAGCUCAAGUGCGAGGCCGGACUCAGCGGGAACUACAACCUCCCCGUCUGGUUCUCGGCCAACAACCAGCCGAGAGCCUCCCUAACAGUGCAGGUGGUGUCCCGUGGCAAGAUCCAGCACCUGUCGACGCGGCAGGUCUCCUUCGCGCCCUCCGUCUUCCCCAUCGACACGGAGCACCUGGUCGACACGCCCACCAACCCGGGUUUUCCUAUCGUCAUGGGCGUGCUCAACUUGCCCAUCUCUCUGCCGCCCACCGCUUCACCCACGGCGCAGGUGCUCCUCUGGUACACGAGAGACGACGGCGAGGUCGUGUCUGACGCGGCAGAGGUGCAGCUCGAGCGGUGCCUGGGGAUCAGUGCCAACCUGACCUUCUCGGAGCGCCAGGCACUGCCGGGGGCGGAGACCACGGUGGCGCUGACCUCUGAGCCCGAUGCCAUCUGCUCCGUCGGUGAGGAGUGGCACUUUGGGGCUUUUUGGGGUUACGCUCGCGAGUCGUGGAGCGUCGGUGAGGAAGGAGAACGGCUGGGAGACAUCGUGGCGGGCGAGUUGCAGAUGCACGAGGUGAGACGAUGUCGUCUGUUCAUCGAGGUGGUGCGGACGAGGAUGAGAGUGGCAUGGAGAUGUGAGCUGCGAGGGGAGCAGGAGAUGGAUGAGAGGACGAGAGCGGAACGUCGGAGGGUCCAGAUGGAGGACGGAGAGCAGAGAUCGAUCGUGAGUGGUAGCGAGAACGAGAACUGGACAGGAGAUUCAACAAUGGAUGAGUCCCCUCGAAUUGCAUGGACGUACGGAUGA